AAGGACAGACACAUUCUUCCAGCUCCACUAAUCCUCAUCUGAUACAGAGGAUUUUCCUGCCAUUAAAUGAUAGCUUUGGAGGAGAAAAAAUGCCAACUCUUCAGAGAUGGACCAGUAGAACUAAUGACAGGGUCCAGAGAAGGAUGGAAGAUGAAGCCAUUGUUCCGUUAGGCACAUUUCAGUGGUUCACCUCAUGUUAAAAACUUGGUCAAGCCCUUGCUGAAAAGCCCUGUGAAGAAUAGUACAAAACUGAAAUUUGCACUGAAAAGACACAGACACUAUAAUGGGAUGAUGAUAUGUGUAAAUGACAGUGGAUUGAAACUAUCUCGGAUCCUUCCAUCUACUUUUAGAUCACAGAAUUUUACUUGCCAGACCUGAAAUGCCAUAGGUGAAUAAUCAAGGUGAUGUUUGUCAUCAUUUUAAAUGUCGUUCUUUGUAUCCCCCACAUCCAUGCUGUGUGGGCCUGUGUACGUUCCUGCCCUGCCAACUGCGUAUGCACGCAGGAGCGGAGCUGUUCCGUGCUGUGUGACCGUGCUGGCCUUCUGCAGAUCCCCAGCAACUUCCCCUGUGAAGCCUCUUCUAUCAACCUGGAUAAAAACAGUAUUAAAUUCGUUUCAGAGAGGGCCUUUGGGACCCUGCCUUCCCUCAAAUCUCUCUCACUCCAGCACAACAACAUCUCGUUCAUCACUCCCGGGGCUUUCAAAGGGCUACCAAGGUUGACUGAGCUUAAAAUGGCUCACAACGAAUACAUCCGCUACCUGCACACUCGCACUUUUACUGCCCUCAAAAGGCUUGUCAGACUAGACCUAGCUGACUGCAACCUUUUCAAUAUCCCAGACAGGAUUUUCAUAGAGCUCCCUGCCCUUCAGGAGCUCUUCUGCUUCCAGAACAAUUUCCGAAGGAUCCCUGGGGCCAUACGAGGUAUGGAGAAUUUGACCCAUGUUUACUUGGAGCGAAACAAGAUAGAAGCUGUAGCCUAUAAUUCUCUGCAGGGCCUGACCAGGCUGAAGUAUCUUAACCUCCAAGACAACAGAAUAAAUGUCAUUCAUGACCACGCCUUUCAGGAUUGUCAGAAAAUGGAGUAUCUCUACUUGAAUGACAACUUACUUAAUGACCUCCCAGAAAACUCCUUUGACGGGCUGAGGCACCUGAAAAUGCUCAGUCUUGGUGGGAACUUUCUCAGGAACGUGUCCAAAACCUGGUUCCGAGACCUAGUUGAACUGGAGGUUCUGUACUUGGACCGAAACAGGGUCAACUACAUUGAAGAAGGGGCAUUUGAAAACCUAACCAGCCUGGUCUCUUUGCAUUUGAACAGUAACAACCUAACCACCCUACCUUUUUCUGUCUUCCGGCCAGUCUAUUUCCUGGGAAGGCUCUAUCUUUUCCGGAACCCCUGGGAGUGUGACUGCAGGCUCAAAUGGCUGAAAGAGUGGAUGGAGAAUUACAGACUUGUCAGGGAUAUUCUUUGUGUCUCCCCCUCCUCAGUAGCCGGUAUCGACUUGGCGGAUGUGCUGUUUGACAGAUCACCUGAAGGUUAUUGUCUUGACCCAGUGGAGUUCAACGUCACAUUCUACAGCCCAACCCCGACUGAAGAGCCUCACUCCACCACAGAGAGCAAGUUCAGCAGCCUUAUCUCCAAGCUCCUGCUCCAAGAGGGCCUUCCCGAGGAGGUGGCAAACACCACUGAAGCAUUAACCAACACCACCCUGUUGGACAGGCUAGGUGAUGAGGUUUCCUCAGGGGUAGGGGAAUAUGCUAUCUCCUGCUCUUUCCACCUUCUGGCACUCAUUACAGCUCAAGCAGUGAUGGUUCUGCAGAGUAAAUAACCCAAUGCCUGCCUCAAGCACGUUGCUAUGUAAGAAUUGAGUUUCUGUAGAAUGUAAUCAUUAGAGAGGAGCUGAUAUUGCGGAGUUCAGAUACUGAUCUGGCUCCGAAUUUCCCGGCAAUACAGGGGGUGUUUGGGUCCAGGAGUUUGGAAUGGGCACAUCUUUGGAAGUAACUAAUCGCCCGGAGACAGGGAUUUUAUCUUUUUUGUGUUUGUGAAACUCCAUGUACAUUGACAGAGCAUUAUGAGACAGCAUCAAUAAGGAGUUUGAGCAAACAAUUGUCUCUGGGACAGCAGCUUUCCUCUGCUAGAUGUGAACUGAAAGGGCUCCUUAUUGAAGACAGUGCUGCAGCAUUUAUUCAUUUAGGGCCAAUCCUGAUUCCCUGGACGUCUCUGGAAAAACUCCCAUUGAUUUUCAUGGGCACAGGGAUUGGGGUCUAAAAGAUGAGCCUCACUCAUAGAUCCUGAGACACAUAAUGAACCUGAGCUUCUGCUCGUGGUGUUUUAUGCUGAUAUAACUCCAUUUACUUCAGUGGAGUUACUUCUGAUUUACACCAAGGCGGAAGGAGAAUCAGAUCUAUUAUAUUCAACAUGCACACCUGCUGCACUAUGCAGUGUGCACAAUGCCAAGAGGAGGGGGGAAAAGUGAGCAGGUUGGUAGCCCUGUGCUAAGGUCUGUGGCUUAUAAGUCACAUUGGAAAUUGCAUUUAGGAAGAGCAAGCCAUUUUGACUGUGCCUACAUUUUCCUCAUUCUCCCACUGCUGCUCUAAAUAUUGUUUCUCAAUGACCUGUCUGUGGACCAGUGGCAGUCCCUGCGAUCACCCUGAUAUAGCUUAGGAAGGCAGCAAGCCGGUUCCUGGUAUCAAAAAGGUUGAGAAAUUAAUCUACCACCUGUAUGGCUUCAGUGGUGCUAGGAAGAGUGAGCACGCUCAUGUAGAGAGAGCAGCAAUAUUUUUACUUGUUAUCUAACCGUCCUCAGAGCAGAUUUAGAUGACACAGUGGCAAACCCACCAGUGGCCUGUCUAUAUUAGCCCUCCCACCUAGUACCAGUGGAGCUGUGCUGGUGAUAGACCAACAGUGGGGCACCUGAAGAAAUGUGUGUUUAGAGCAGGCUUCCCUGACUUGGUAAUUUCUUUGGGGCCUGUAUGUGGGUAUACAAACACAAAGCAACCUCCCCACUUGCUGGGGAGGAAAAAACUAAAAGGAAAAUAGACAAGAGACUUUAAGGAAUAAAUGGCUGAAUGAUGGUGGGUAAUACAGGACUUCACCACACAAAGGCUAAUUUUAGCAGUUUCUCUGUGCUUAGAUCUGUGACUGGCUAUUGCAGGGAAGAACUGGGGAAACAAAGUUUAAAAAAAAAGGGCUUAAAAAUAUGACUGAUUCUGCAGCUAAGUCACACAGGCCAACCACAACAGCUUCCACUAGGCCAUUAUUUAGCAUGGCAGGAGUUGUUAGUGGUUGUGUCCUCAAGGCAUGUGACCAGUCACCAUUCCGAGUUAAACAAGUCCACUUCUCGUUUCUGCUGAGCCCCUCACAACAGAAAGGAGGCAGCAAUGGAUGUGGUUUAAUUAGGCCACAAUUUUAUUCACUUAAAAUAUCUGGCAGUAAAUUGUACAGAGCAGGUCACCAUCCUUUCCUUAAUCAUUUCAAAAUAAUCUCCCACCCGAUCCCAGCUAUCCCAGUGCUGGACCCUGCUGUCAUCUCCUUGUAUAAGGUAAAAGAGGACUCAGCGAAGUGGGGUUGGUUCCCUGCUGUUCCAGACACAGGAGCCCAGUACUGUUCUUCCUCAGCUCCCUUAAAGAGAGCUAGAGAAAGGAAGUGUGUGUGUGUGUGUGUGGAGUGGGGGAGGACAGGGUGGGUCAGCUCUCUGCUGUACCAGACAUAGGAGCUCCAAUCCCCCAACCCCUUCCUCAGAAUCCUUAAGGGGUCCUUUCUUUCAGAUCUUUUUUCAAUCUGUUUUAGCAGGUGACUGUACCCUUCCAUAACAUGUAUGCGCACUGGACACCUGCCACAAGUUUUACCUAUUAAAGGUUGAUAUUAUGACUUAACCCUCCUACCCCACCAUACUGGGUCCCAGACCUGCUGUGGGAAAGGUGGAAAAAAACCCACCCUGCCUUGGCCACUCUGGCAGUAAGGGAAAGAUUCCUGCCCAGCCCCUGGUGAAGAAAGGGGACUAGCAUUAUGCCCACAACAGGCCAUGAGGAAACCCAGUCCUUUGCAAGUUUCAUGGGAGGGGAGAUGGGAGAAAUCAUGGCCAUUUAGCUCAUGCAGAAUGACUGUUCAGCUCAUGAACUUCCAGGCCAGUUGGUUUCUAAAAGCAGAAGGAUCCUCCUCUGUAAAGUAUACCAGCUAAAACAGGGGUUUCUCAUGGCUUAAUCAUAAACUCUACUGGUUCUGGUAUUAUUUACCCCACCUUUUCAAAGAAAAACAACUGCGUGACAAUUAACAGCUAACAAUUUCUGGGGGAGUGGUAAAUAUUCCCAAAUUAAAUCAUGUUAGUGGAGGUAAAUGCCUGAUCUGUCUGUAGUUGUAUUAAAUUUUUUCCCAGUGAGCAUGCCAGAUGGUUUCAUAAAUGCCUGUUUGGUGCAUUAAAUUCAAUGACUUUGGCUUUCCAGGCUAUUUAUGAAUGCAUUAAUCUUCUUAAAUGCUAAAUUCAUCUGUGGAUUAUAAAUGGUUGUUUUUCAAAACCGUACCAGCCAAAUGCUGUAGAUUAAGUUGAAGAUUUCUUUAGGGGAGCAUUAUUUCACCAAGUCACUGAAGGUUUAUCAAUAGAAAUUUCACACAAGUUGCUAGUGCACUGGGCACAGUGGUUAUUUUUCAUUUCCUACAGAUAGAUAUUUGUUGUAUGAACUGAAUAUUUUUAUUUUCUGCUCCAAGAUACACAAAAACUGAAGGGCAUAUUAUUGUGCAAUUGUUACAGGGAAGCAGAAUAUGGAUUUCAAGUUAACUCUUGCUUCAAAGGUCUUUCUUUUUAAU